AUGGCAUCCCCUGUUGAGCAAUCUGCUACCCCCACUGCUAAGAAAGCCCACAUGACUGAGGCAAGCUCAUCAAUUCCUAUCACUGAGGCUACACCUCUAGAUAUGGUUCCCCCCAUGCAAGAAAUUGCAGAUGAGCCCUCUCCCGCUCCUAAAACAAGGAAGCCCACUCCAAAGAAGAGGAAGAGCACCAAGAAGGCUUCAGCUGAAGCCGCCUCUGUUGAAACCCCAUCCCCUAUACAUGAUGCUCCUACUCCAGUUAAUCCAUCUGUUGAGGAAGCCCCAAUUCCUCAAAAGCCAAUCCCAUAA